AUGGAAGCAGCAGUGGACUUUAAUAGCCUUCAAUACUCCCUACACAGAGGUCGCCACGCCUACGAUAGGCAACAAGUGGUGCCGAAACCCGGGAUUGUCGCCUGGACGGGUGAACGGCGGCCGGAGCGGCAGGACCAGCCCGGCGGGGAGGGCGCUCCCGGACCAACAAGGAGGAUGGAAGUCCUUGUGAAGGUCGUAUCGCAGUUAGAUAAGCACAGUCGACUCCUCGACCCUGCCUGCGGAAGCGAAAGGCCCGGUUGCCACCAAGGCGGCCCACAAGAGUGCGCCGGCCACAGGCGGCGUGACCAGCCCGGCACGGUGGUGCUGCACAAGAUCCGCCGCUACUGGAAAUCCACGGAGCUGCUGAUCCGCAAGCUGCCCUUCCAGCGCCUGGUGUGCAAGAUCACACAGGACUUCAAGACCGACCUGCGCUUCCAGAGCCCAGCCGUAGGUGAGCGAGGCCUACCUGGUGGGGCUCUUCAAGGCACCAUCAUGCCCGAGGACAUCCAGCUCACCUGGCGCAUCCAUGGGGAGUGCACCUGAGGCCACAGCCCAUCCGCUUUUUUCUUCCGAUUAACAUCAUGUUGGUAGAGCACCAACAACUGUUAUAAGAAUGUUCUUGUUCAGAGCACCUUAUGUUUUCUAUUCGAGUUUUCUAUUGAAGAUUGUUCUAUUCGAGUUUUCUAUUGAAGAUUGUUCUAUAUUGUUAUAUUUUACCUAAUUUAAUUGUGCAUAGGGAGGGGGGAAAUGUGGUAGUGAGGGUCUGGCGCCCGGAAGAUAUCGCGUUGUACGGGAAGACAGGGUCCCCCUCCCGAUAGCCAAUA